AUGCAGUCUGUUUCUCAAGCUAAACUGCUUUGCAACUUGUUUCCUCUUGUUAACGGUGAUAUGGAAAAGAAAUGUAUUCUUCAUUUGCAAGGGAUGUUCAAUCGAACUAUCAAAUUAUUAGAAGCAGGUAUCGAGCCAGUAUAUGUAUUUGACGGUCAACCUCCAGAGUUGAAGAAACAAGAACUUGCCAAAAGAUAUUUAAAGAGGAAAGAUGCAACUAACGAUCUGAACACAACAAUUGAGACUGGUGAUUUGGAGGGAAUUGAAAAGUACAGCAAAAGGACUGUCAAGGUAACCAAGCAACAUAAUGAAGAUUGUAAACGUCUCUUAAGACUAAUGGGUGUGCCUACUAUUGAGGCACCCUGUGAAGCAGAAGCUCAAUGCGCAGCUCUUUGCAAAAGUGACAAGGUGUUUGCAGUUGCCUCAGAAAACAUGGAUACUUUAACUUUUGGGGUACCAAGGUUUCUCCAUCAUUUAAUGGAUCCUAGUUCCAAAAAAAUCUCUGUGAUGGAAUUUGACGUUUCAAAGGUUCUUGAAGAGCUAAGACUUACUAUGGAUCAGUUCAUUGAUUUGUGUAUUCUCUCUGGAUGUGAUUAUUGUGAUAACAUUAAAGGUGGGGCAAUUCGUGAGGCUUGA